AUGGCUAAAUACUCUGCUUCCCUAUUGCUAGCAUUCCUCUGCAUCGCUUCCGCUGCAGCCUUUGCUCCUUCAUCCAUAAUCGAAUCUUCGUCCCGUUCGGCGACUUCUCUCUAUGGUGCAGUCGGAAAGGCCAAGCCCAAAUUCAACAAGGCAACUGAGAAAUGGGAACGUUCCCCAGCUGAUGAUGGAAAAUACCCCUACGAUGCUAUCGGCGCUCUUUUGAGACAUGGUCCUCCUGCCUUUAUUUCCAGAGUGACCGAUUCCGACGAAUACGAGCAAUUUGUCUUGAAUUACAUGGCAACUGCCGGAGUCGACCGUUCCGAAGCCACUGGUAACAUUGACGCCAAGUUGGCCAACCCCGUCGACUGGUCCUUCCAAAAGGUGGAAGAAAAGAAGGGCAAACCCAAGGUUGACUACACGGAAUUGAAGCCAAGAAAUGCGAUCUUGGCGAUUAUUUGGGCGCUUGGUAUCACACCCCUUACGAUUAAUGUCAUCCAACAAACGAUUUCUCAAUGGGGUCAAGGAAUCGCAGCAGAUGCAUAUGGAAGACAUUAA